CUUCUCACACUUCAGUAGUACAUGUUUUGAAAGUAAAGUUUUUAGUGCUAGUUACAAUGUCAAAGUCUUGACAGUGCUAGUUCUGUGAUAUUGAGUUGUAGGCUGCCUUUCAUUGUAUGGUGUUUUGUACAGUUACUGGGUUUGGACAGUGAGAAAGGAAGGAAUCUGGAGCUAGUUUUUUCCAAGUGGGUAUUUAAAUCUGUGGUUGAUGCCUGUGGUCAGCCAUUCACAAGAGUCCAAGUUUUUGAAUUGUGGAGCAAAUCACCAUUGAACUCUUCACAUACUCCACUGGGGCUGUGAUUUUUAUUGGAGGUGAACUCUGGUUCAGCUUUCUUGGCCUUUUUCUGAGGUCCUUUUGUUUUCUCUUCUUGCUCACCUCUAUGGCCUGAUAUAUCCUGGUUUCCCAUAGUUAAAGUCUGUUGUCAGUGAUUUCAAAUUUAGAAAUAAUUCAGAUCCUACUUCCAAGAAAAUCUGUGGUUUUGGCGAGUAGCUUUUAGGCUGGCCUAGAUUCUGGAGCACUUUGGUAGAUAUCUUUUCCUCAUCUUGUGAGUGCUAUUAGCUGUAGGUAACUCAGAGAAGGCUAGAUGUCUGUGGAUGAAGGGGGCAGUGGUUCUCUGUGGACUAAAGAACAAGAUAAGGCAUUCGAGAAUGCCCUUGCUACUUAUCCUGAAGAUACUCCAGAUUGGUGGGAGAAAAUAACAGCUGAUGUACCUGGGAAAACUGUAGAAGAGAUUAAACAUCAUUACGAGCUUCUGGUUGAGGAUAUUAGCCAGAUUGAAGCUGGCUGUGUACCAUUGCCUAAUUAUAGCUCUUCUUCAGAAGGUUCAACGAGCCAUGCCAUUGAUGAAGGAACUGGAAAGAAGGGUGGUGGCCACGUAGGGCAUCAUAAUAGUGAUUCCAAUAAUGGAAAUAAAGCUUCAAGGUCAGAUCAGGAACGCCGUAAGGGAAUUGCUUGGACUGAGGAUGAACACAGGUUAUUUCUUCUUGGUUUGGACAAAUAUGGGAAGGGUGAUUGGCGAAGUAUAUCAAGAAACUUUGUCGUGACAAGAACACCUACACAAGUAGCAAGCCAUGCUCAAAAGUAUUUUAUUCGUCUCAACUCAAUGAACAAAGAUAGGAGGCGAUCCAGCAUUCAUGACAUCACCAGUGUUGGCAACGGAGACGUUGCAGCACCUCAAGGACCGAUAACUGGUCAAACAAAUGGUUCUGCUGCAGGAGGUUCUUCUGGAAAGGCAGCAAAACAACCACCUGCACAGCCAGUUGGUCCCCCAGGAGUUGGUAUAUAUGGUCCUCCAACUAUAGGCCAGCCUAUAGGAGGUCCCCUAGUCUCGGCAGUUGGCACCCCUGUGAAUCUUCCUGCACCAGCACACAUGGCUUACGGUGUUAGAGCCCCAGUACCAGGAGCAGUGGUUCCUGGUGCACCGAUGAACAUGGUUCCUAUGACAUAUCCAAUGCCGCACACAACCACUCAUAGGUAAAAAAAUAUGUGGUGUUGGCUACAAGCAUACAAAAGACAGAAGACUUUCUGCUUGUGCUCAUUUUGGGUUACAGGGUUCUCCAUUUUAGCCUGAAUAAGGUUCCGUGCUUCUGCUUAUCGGCAAGCAAAAGUUCUCUCAUGCCAUUCUGUUUACUCGGGCGCCACUCUCAAGUCUCAAAUAAGCCACGGGGAGAGAAGAACUAUAUACAUCUGUAUAGGCAGCAGCUUUGGGAAAAUAUGGCAGCAUUUAUGGGGUAGGACAACGUUUAAUUUAUCCUUCAUAGUUUUACAUUACAAGCUCGUAGACAUGUAGAAGUAGACAGUUAAUGUAUUUUUUUCUCUCAUGGCCAUAAGUUGUAAAGAACCCGUUUGUAUUUCAACUCUUCACAGUUGCAUAUGUAGUCGUUCACAUAUUUUGCUGCACCUUGCUUCUAAUUUCUCGAAGAGUUGAAGGAUCAUUGUUCUCA